UUUUACAUAAAAUUUUUGUGGAUUUUUGGGACAAGAUUGUGUAAGACAACGUCACAUUACGACAUAAUUAUUUAUAUUUUUUAAAAUUAAAUAAGCAAAAACGUUUUCGAAUAAAUCGUAUAAAUUUAAAGCAUACCUGUGCCACAAUGGAUGAAGGAACUUUCGACAGAAGGAAGUUCAAAACGUGUGUUUAUUUAAUAGCAGGUCUGUUCAUGCUGUUAACAUUAUUUCAAUGGGCUGUUCUUGUCACAAUUUGUGAUGCAAGUGACAUAUUUCGUGGUAAUUACGCAAUUUCACUCGGUUUUUUGGGAGGUGCGUUGCUACUAAUAACUCUUUUCGUCUUCAACGAUUCCCUGCGAAUGACUGUGCUAGUAAACUGGAUGUUUGCCUUUUUUAUCGUCGAGUGCGUUACUUUUGGAUUAGCGAUUAUAAUGCUGGAUAAAAAUGUCAUUUACUACGGACUGGUUACUAUUGCUUCUAUAUUGUUUUUGAUUGCAUUUAUAUGCGUUGCAACAUAUAUGAAGCAUGAUGUUACUUUGGACAUAGUGAUUCUCUUUGUGUUGUCCAUAAUAUUCUUCAUGACGUCCAUUAUUUGCGUUUUGCUAUACGCUUCAUUGGAACAUGUAACAGCAAUGUAUCUAUAUUCAGGCGUAGUAAUUGUAACAACUACAAUGUAUAUGUGUUACCAUGUGCAAACCAUAAAUGGUGGGCGAUAUGCUGAAAUGCGCUUAACUGACAGUUUACUAGCUUCUUUGAUCAUUUACCACGACUAUAUCAUACUUUUUGUAGUAUUCUUCAUCAUUAUAUACAAUGCAAUGGAAGUUAACAAUAUGGGCUUUGGAAACAGUGAAUGUUUCCAUGGCAUUGAUAAAUCACCGCCCGCACAACCAGUAAACAUGACAGAAGAUGAAAUGACCACAGAAGCAACAACAGAAAUACCACUACCACCUGAGUAAUACGAUUGUUUUGAGAAGUAAAUAAAUAAAA